UUUUUAAUCAGGUGUUGACCGAAAAUCACGUUUGUGUAAUUUUAGAUCAGUCAAUGACUGUGACAUGAUUUUAAAUAUUGGAUGAAUAAAAAGCCUGAACGUGGUUUUCCACCUGUCAGGUGAAGCUCGGUGAGUCUGACUGCAGCCUGUCGGUGAGAUCAGCUGAUCGCUUCGUCCUCACGUACUGCUGCUAGCUAAACAGCUGGCAGUUAUGACACCACGUAUCGGUUUAACAUUACAUAUUAAGUUUACUUCAGCGGCAUGUCAACUGCGGAAAAGCACAUUCUUUAAGCUCCUGGCCCUGCUGAGAAACUGAGAGCAUCUAGCCGCGGAGCGGAAGCUUUAACUGGAGAUAAAUAAUGUCUUAUCUCUGAGGAUGGGAGGAAGUGGAUCCAAAGUCAAAGGUGCCUGGCCUUUCUCAGGCAGCGGAGAUGCAGGGACAGACGGAAACGAGCAGUCUUUGGCCCGUCUGAAAGGGUCCAGGAAUGCAACGCCGUUUGUUUUCACAAGAAGAAGCUCCUUGUACUACGAUGAGGAUGGGGAUCUAGCCCAUGAAUUCUACGAGGAGACGGUGGUGACAAAAAAUGGCAGAAAAAGGUCCAAGUUGAAAAGGAUCCAAAAGAACUUGAUUCCACAGGGCAUGGUGAAGCUUGACCACCCAUGCAUUCAUGUAGAUUUCCCAAUCGUCCUCUGUGAGGGGUGAGGAGUGUCUCAGCUCUGAUCUUCUCAACACUUCUCUGCGCAAAUUCUUGUCACAGUCAGACGGGAUCAUCGUCAAGACUGUGGAAAUGGUUCUGCUUGGGAAAACAUGAAAACCCUCAGCCCAUCUUGUUAAAAUGUUACAUUUGAGCUGUGGUUACAGAGAGCAUUGUUCUCUGCUCUCCGUACUUUUACAGAAGAGGUUAUGGAAAUGGUUUAUUUUACAAAACAAAUCCUCUGACAUGUAGGCCAUCUUGGAAAUGUGUCUACAUCGUAUUUCCCCUGUGAGUUUCUUUUCUUCUUUUUUGCAGGGAGAAACGUCAGCGAUGUGAAACGGCUGUAAUUGUUUCUGCGUUCUGUGAAACGGUGAACUGUGUGUGUUAAACUGUACGGUUCUUUUUACAUGUCGGUUAGAUCUGUGGAAGAGGAAUGACAGAAUAAUGGGUAGCAAUAAAAGUGGAUUUUUUAAUUUCUUAUGCAUAUGCUCAUGUUCUGUAUCGUCACGUCUGAGUCUGUCUUAGUUUCUGGAGCUCAGACCUGCACUAUUGAACAUAAUGUACUGUAAAUACUUUCUUAGUUGGAAAUACUUGAAUAAAUGGUUUAUUGAUCCGA